CCGUGUUUACAUUUUUUCACAUCCAUAGCAGGAUUUUCUCCAGCAGGCAACUGCUGUUUUUAAUUUGCUACUCAAUAAUUAAUUAUUGCAAUUACUAAUUAACUCCUACACUGAACUAUUCGACAUGGAGGAGCUUCUCGAGAGGGUGACCUAUUUGGAACAGGUCGUGUCAAAAUUGGCGAAAUGGACACAUUUUUCGGAAGUUGUAACUUUUGAUUCUCCAGCUGAAGUCGUAAUUUCGCCCGAGCGUGAAACAGAUUGUAGUCAAAAUUCUAAAAUUCCACGACGACGACGAAGACGAGGUGGACGACGAUCUUCUUCGUCGAAGGUUUCACCGGAGGUAGACGAUUCCUCGCAAUUAUUUACUAUCAAGACUGAAGUUGAGCUUGAAGAGGAAAUGGAUUUUGCAGAUGACAAUGAUUUCGCCAUAUUUCCAAAAUACCCUGAUCAGACCGGAAAUGACGACGCAUUUCCUCCACCGUCUCAAGACGAAGAGGAAAGUCAUGAUAACACCAUCGUAGACGAACUUUGCGAUGACGACUCUGAAAAUCCCCAAGUUCGUAGCUUAUCUCCAAAAUUUGUCUGGACUCCUGAAACUGAUUUGUUCCUCCUCGACCAAAUAUCUCAAUUGAAGCUGCUUUCUCUGUCUGGGUGGAAAUUGAACGCCACGUGGCGAAAAAUAUGUGCCAAUAUGAGUCAUCAAUUUCAAAAGGAGGUCACCCAGAUCAAAGUCACAGGACGCUUUCACUUACUCCUUGACCAGUUCAACGAACAAGAACCGACGCCACGGAAAAAAUACAAACCAGGAGAUGAACACAUUACGGCUGAAAUUAACGAAAAACUGGAAGCUUUAUCGAAACUUGUGCAAGAAAAUGAACAAAAGGACCAAAUUGCAACCUCAAGCCAACAAGCAAGUGAAAAUCUCGAUCUCUCCACGCUUGAAGUUCGUACCGUGUUAUCAUACAAGGGGAAGCAGAUGUUGCAAGUUGACGGCUUUCUGUACCAAUUUGCAAAGAGCGGCGUUAAGAAAAAAAUUUGGAGGUGUGACAAGUUCCAAAGUGCUCAGUGUCUUGUACGAAUUCACACCUCGGAAUGUCCCACCAAUCCUAAAAUACUGUAUGUUGGGGGCACUCACACCCACUCGCCAGAUCCCGGAAGAUGUGAGGCUAGGAAACUUUUAAGUGAUAUUCGGCUAGCAGCGUCACGUGGGUGCGAAGAUGACGUGUCGAAAUUUAUUGAGGAAAAUGUGUCCUCCGCCGCGAAGGUGUCGCUUCCUCGGAUAGAUUCGAUAAAGCGUGGCAUUCGAAGAAUUAGGUCGCGGUGUCAAAAAUCUAACAUAAUUUCUGAACUAGGUUAAAAUCCGUAAAUUUUGUAAAUUUUGAAAUUUCCAAGACAAAAUAGCUCACGAUUUUUAUAAAUAAUUAUCCUCAGAUAAAGGCCUUCUUUUUAUUUUGGUAAAGUUUGUAACAGUAUUUUACACAAGUUGGGGAUUUUACGGGUUACCACAAUCACUGCGUGAACCGUGCUUAUUUAUUAAAGUUGUUAGUUGCACAGAUAAUUAUGUAAAUUUAAGUGGUGGGAUGAAAUAAAUUUUUUGACAAAUUUUGGAA